AACAUGCGGCGGAAAAUAAAUUUUUACGCCGAUUGCGAAGCGCAUUUAUUGCAACGUUUGAAAUAUGAAAGUUAAAGAGCCGUGGCGGCGCCGCGGUCCGGGCACUUUCCAAUAAAAAUCGUCAGGCGAGCUGCACCGCGCUCGCGAAAAAACGAAAACAUCUGUCGCAUGUCAAUAUUGUCAAAAUCCCGAGAGAUAAGAAGACAGCGGAAUAAAAUGUCAAGAGAGACGAUAGCGAUGUGUAUCGUUCGGGUGGCGUUUUGUGUAAAAUGGCCGGUAUUUUAGAGGAAAAAUUGCGCGAAGCGGCAUGCCUAGGAGACGUUGAAUCGGUGCGAGCGCUCCUGUCCAGAAAUAUCGACGUCAACGCGCGGAAUCAAGUAAACGGCUGGACCGCCCUCCACUGGGCCUGUAAACGGGGCAACGAACAAAUAGUUAGGUUGUUAUUGAACAAUGGCGCGGACAGAACUGUAGAGAACGUACAGGGGCAAACUGCCGGCGACGUGUGCACUUAUCGCAACAUCAACGAGCUGCUCGGCUCGGCAGGUGCGGAACCCGCGUCCGCGGCUCUUAAAUUCGUGCCGAAUUAUCUGAAAAAUGCCCCGCUGAACGGCAAAGUCGACCUCGAAGCGAUCGGUACCAAACACCCCGAUCUACUUAGUAUGCCAAACGCUGUUUUGCCUGUUAUGCAAAAUGAAGAUUUGGUGCUGAAGGUGAAAAUUCACGCGUCCCCCGAUCCCGACUUUAUCGAAGUAGAGCUGCCCAGGUGGAAAUUAACCUACGACUCCCUAUUGAAGACGUGUUGUGAGGAGCUGGGCGUGGCAGAGUCGCUAGUGGAACGCGUCAGGAAGCUGCCUGAUACGCGCCUGCGCACCGACAACGACGUCAAACGUCUGACGGACUACCAAGCGCUCGAGCUGGUACUCAGAGGAGGCGAAUCGGGCAAUCCGUACCAAAGCAUUGGCACGUGCAAGGACCAAACCAUCUUGUACUAG